UGCACACCCCUCACCCAGGGCAGCUGCAGAUGGGACAGCACCCAGCCCUGGGGACCUUGACCAUGACCCCUCCCAGCCCUGCCCAGCUUGCAUCUCUGUGUGUCCCCAGGAAGGCUGUGGGGAGCAGCGUGCUCCAGUGCAAGUGAACAGUGAGCACUGCUCCCCCACCUCGGCCAAAGAUGUUGUCUUGGAAGACACUGUCCCAUUGCUCAGACACGAGCUGCCUUCGGUAAAUCCAUGCUGCUUUUCCCAAUCCCCUGCUUCAUUCAGUUGGUAGUAGUUUUCAGGAGGACUCACUCCGUUGUUUUCCCGGGGUCUGAAGGGUGAUCUGCUGGGAACUGGGGGAUCUGGAAUAGUUCUGCACCCCCCGCAGAACAGUGGUGCUCUGCCUCCAUGGGGUGAAGUGCAGAACCUGGACCUGAGUGGCAUGGGGCAGCUGCAGAGCCACAACUGCUGCCCUCUGGCUCUGGCACAGCUGCUGCUGCUCAAUGCCAACCAGGCCUGUGCCAGCCGCCUUUGUUUGUAGAUGCUGAGGCACAUCAAGUUGGGUGUUUCUUGGCUGUAGGAACGGGAUUUAAAUGUUGUCAACUUUCAUCUACAAGGAAGUUCUGAGCAUUACUGAGCUGUUUCUCAGGAUGGAGAACCUUAGCGUAGAGCGUUGGGUGCAUGCAGCCCUGCUGCCUUACAAGGAGCAAUUUGAGAGGGAGCGAGGAACUCGUGUGGGAAUAAAGGACAUCCCCAGUAGAAAUGUUCCACGCAGCCUAAGCUUAAAAAUGACUAAAAACCACCGUAACCCUUCAGAGAAAUGCCAGGGCACCCUCAGAAACAGUGCUUGGGAAAGCAGACCCACCAGCCUGCACCUACUGGUUUGCAUGGAUAUCGAAGCUAUAACGAUCGAUUCCAUCCACCAGCGCUCAGAAUGGUGGAAUAUCAGCGGUGUGUCUCUAUACAGCCUGCCUGCUAACACAGUACUGCUGCGUUUUGCAAUCAUGGACAGCACUGAGUAGUACAAAUGUCCAGAUUUGCCGGUAUUGCAGUUCAUCCUUUGUGACCCUGAUGUAACCAUGGAAACAGAACCAUCGGAGUGAGCCUGCGCUAUGCUGACAGCCCGUAGCGUGUCUCUGGUGUCUGUGCUCUCGUUAUCCGGUUGGUCGUUGUGGGUCAGACAAAUUGAGUGGGAAAUAAAAAUCAAUUGUGCACAUUUAUUGAUGAGCAGGAACGAAAAGGUCUUGGGAGAAUAUUUCCCCGGUCAAAGGAGUUUUAUGGAGUUUGACCCUGUGCUAAGAAAGCACAAUUUAGUUGUUAGAUAAAGCUUGGAGCAAGCAAAAACCAACUGCAAUAAAAGUGAGCAGCGUGGCUUCUUGACCUGAGAGAUAGCAGUGCUCUGUCCUGGCACUGCUAAAUGCUGAGUGUCAGUCUGACAGACCGUGUAAAGUCAUAGCUGCGUAGUAUCUGCACUAAAGCACAGAGCAGCACAUCACUACCAUGAAGUUGUCACUGGAUACUUCUAACGCUUCCUCUAACACCUGAGAUUUUCAAACAGGCCUUCAGCAUCUUAGCAGGGGUUGGGAGGUGUCCGUGGGCUGCUUGGAUGGAUGAAGAUCCCUCUGCAGCAGCAGCAGGAGGAGGAUGUCCCAGAGCUGCUGCCAGUGCUUACUGGAGAGCACUGGUGGCACAGCCGGAGCAAUUGAGUGCUUCCCCACGCUGCCACCGAGCCGUGAAAUCGGACGUGACCUAUUGACUGAUCCUCAGACCGAAAUUAAAAGGUAUUGAUGAGCUCUUCAGAGCUGUUGUAGAGGAAGUGUAUUCAUCCUAUGCAGGACGCUUGUACAGGCGAUGCAUUUCAGCAGGGCACCGAUCAGAGAAACCUAAAGGAGCAUUACAGUGCUCAGUGCCACGUCUCGGCUGCUCGAGGACCCGGCCGUCCCUGCUACAUCUCUGCCCCACUGGGAAGCUCCGACACAGCGGGUGCAUCUCUUUCCUUCAGAGAGGAAAAGUGAAAGGGAGCGUAUUUGGAAGGAAGCUCGAGCUGGGGAUUUUUCAUUUCUAGCGUUUUUGUUUUUUUUUUAAUGAGCUUUUUUCCCUCUGUAAAUGUUAAUUUGGUCACAGUGUGCUCGGAGCUGUAGCAGACGGACCAACAAAUUGAUUGUCUCCUCAUCCCAGCAAAUAUAAAUCCAAGUGUGCAGAGCUUGCGCUCCACCAAUUGCUCCAGUGGUGACACAAACUGUUCGUAACGUGAAAUCUGCGCUCACGGAUGGAAGAUGUCAGGGGUUGUCACUUGUCACUGGAUACCAUAGAGCUUAACUUUACGCAUUUUUUGUAAAGAAAGUGUUAAGAUGGCACAGUAACCAUGGGAGACUGGAAUUUCCUUGGAGGCAUUCUGGAGGAGGUCCACAUUCACUCCACCAUUAUUGGAAAGAUUUGGCUAACCAUCCUCUUCGUGUUCCGAAUGCUUGUCCUUGGAGUGGCCACCGAGGACGUCUGGAACGAUGAACAGUCAGAAUUUAUUUGCAAUACCGAGCAACCUGGCUGCAGGAACGUGUGCUAUGAUGAGGCCUUUCCCAUCUCCCUCAUAAGAUACUGGGUCUUGCAAGUUAUCUUUGUGUCUUCCCCUUCUUUGGUGUACAUGGGUCAUGCCUUAUACAGACUAAGAGCCUUAGAGAAAGAGAGACAGAAGAAGAAAGCUCAGGUGAGAGUGGAACUUGAAAGCACUGAAUUAGAAAUGACGGAAUAUCGGAAAAGGCUGGAGAGGGAACUCCGCCAGCUGGACCAAAGAAAGCUGAACAAAGCACCCCUGCGAGGUUCGUUGCUCUGCACUUACGUGAUACAUAUUUUCACUAGAUCUGCAGUGGAAGUUGGUUUCAUGAUUGGGCAGUAUCUGCUUUACGGGUUUCGCCUGGAUCCCCUUUAUAAAUGUCAGAGAGAUCCAUGUCCGAACGUGGUCGAUUGCUUUGUAUCACGACCGACAGAAAAGACAGUGUUCAUACUAUUCAUGCAGUCAAUAGCGACUGUAUCAUUGCUUUUAAAUGUCUUAGAAAUUAUCCACCUAGGAUUCCGAAAAAUUAAAAUAGGUCUCUGUGGGCAGGAGGAAAACAAGGACGACCAUGGCAAUUUCUACGCAAACAAAUCUAAGAAAUAUUCUGUGAUUCCCCGCUCUUCUUUGGGAAUAUCUGCAACUCCUCAAAAAACUCUCCCUUCCGUACUUAGUGGUUAUGCCUUUUUAAUGGAAAAGCAAACCGACACUGCCAUCUACCCGGUCUUAAAUUCUCCUCCCAUGUUCCAGUCUAUUCAAAAUAACCACACAGAAAAUAAAGGCAAUUACACCCACCACAAUCAGGAAAACAAAAUGCCAAAGAAAAGGCCAGCAACAAAUGCUUUAGCUGGUCAGACUCAGAACGCUAGCACAAAUUGCAGUGAAGGCUUGCUGGGCAGGCCUGGGACUGAAAGGAGUAAUUCCCAGAAAGAAGCUGAUCAGAAACACUUCCUUGCUGGCACUCAGAAUGCAGAUACCGCUUCCAGAAGCUUUGCUGAGAUGCUGUCGCAGCCCACUCUGCAGCCUUUUCCUGUUUCCAGCCUCAGAAGAAAGCACGGGAUGGUCUCCUCCUGGAACUGCUCCGCAGCGGCCGAGAGCGCUGGAUCCUCCACAAAUUCCCUCACCAAGAGCAGCAGCAGGAGACGGAGCAGCCUCAGCACGAGCCAAGGCCAACUGGCCCCCAAAGCUGACACCCGGCAUCCCAGCCGCCCCGACACCCCCGACUCGGUGGGAGAGGCCAGCACGGGCUCCAAGCAGAGCCGGGGCUGCAGCAGCCCCCAGCCGCUGCCCUUGUCCGGGCGCCUGUCGCUGUCAAGCAGCGCAAGCAGCCGGCGGGCCCCCACCGACCUGCAGAUAUAGCACGGCUGCCCAAGCACCGUGCUUGGGAAACUGCUGGACUUUGUGACAGAAGCUAGAGCAGCUAGGAGCAGCUUCCUCGUUCAGCUUUAACCAGCUCUUCCGCAGAGGUUAAGAUAGAAGUUGUGCAGCCCUUUCCUUUUAGCUAAGUAACGUCUGAACCACCUGCUUGCUUCACUGGCGACGGAGGGGUGGCUUAAACCUCUGUGCCAAGCUUCUGCGUUAACCUCCCAGCUGAAAACGAAAACGUACAUCCUAUAAAUCCACAUACAAAUCCACACACGAAGAGAAGUCAGGAUUAAAAUUAUAGCUGGUAAUACAUAAGCCGGAUAAAUGUAGAAGACAAAAUUACAGUCUAAAAACGUAUUUUAUGAAGACCAGUAAAUGCAAUUAGAUGAAAGAAGGCACUGGGACACCCGAGAGAAAAUAAUUAUCAAUAAAUAACGUUCCUCUUAGCCUAAGAAUUCAAACACACAGCGGAUGACAGAAAAGCAGAACAGGAACCAGGAAACCAGAGCGGCGCUUUUGCUCGCAGCCAUUUGGCCACAUCCACAUCGAGCGUUAGCGUCAUUAAAAUCAUUCACUGUAGAUUUUUCUCCAGCAGCUGCUGUUGGUAUCUCUGUUCUCAUUCUGUGUGUAUCCACGGUUGCAGCUCUGUGUAACUGCGUACGCUGUGGGGUUUGGCACCACGGACACCUCCAGACCCUGGUGCCAUUUUGCUCACUCUGCCAUCGAACCCCUGCGCUCCCUGCAGCCGUAUCCCACGCUGGUGCACGUUCUGCAUUUGACACCUCAAUAAUAAAACACCACGUGUUCGCUGCCCGGCCUAAAGGGCAGAACGACAACACUGAGGUGCCUGUGCAGAGCACACACAGAGAGCUUCUGCCAGCUCGAGAACCUGGUAGAUUAGAAAGGACCCUGCAUGGCAGGUGUGGGCUCGGGUGCGGGCUCUUUUUGAAGGGCUCUCCCACAGAGAGCGCGCAGCGCCGGGCCGAGGCCGGACGGCCCAGCACAGGCACAGGCUUCCAACGUCAUGAGCGCCCCCCCAGGCUCCGGCCAAUCAGCGGCCGAGCCGAGAGCGAGGCGGGGGGCGGAGCUUCCGGUCCCGUCGCCAUGGCAGCGGUAGGAAGCCGGGGCGCCAUAAAGGAGGCGGGCGCAGGCGGUGCGGGCGCUGCGGGGUAAAUGGCGCACCACAAGGCCGCGGACUCGAAGCGGGAGCAGUUUCGGCGCUACCUGGAGAAGUCGGGGGUGCUGGACACGCUCACCAAGGCUGGCUCAGUAUGAACCGCCUCAAGAAGAGAAGCGUGAUGAAUAGCAGUAGUUCCUCCUUUCAUACCUUGACUUAAUAAAGGGCUUCCUGAGAACUGCA